AUGCCAUUCACUCCUAGCCCCAGGCGUCCAGACUGCAGAGCGGAGCCCUGUCCGGCGGCGGCAUACACCUACUGCCUUGGGCCCUAUAGCUACAUAAAGUACACCGUGUUUCAUGCCCAGCAGCCGCCGGUCUGGCCGAUACGAGGUUACGUUGAGGUCAUGACCUCAGGCAACGUCAAAUGCCUCAUAGCACCAGCACCGGCUCCUUCUUCACCAUCGCUAACAUCCCCCCCCGGCACCCUCGUGCCGGGAUACUACCAAGGCCCGCCUCAAAACACAGCGUUUCAGCUGCAGGUGCCUGUCUUGCCCUCGACAAGACGUGUGCAUGAGCAGGCUGCCGCAACACUGCCCAGCAUUACACUCGCCUACACGACUACUGUCCUUACACCCUACCUGGUCGCUAACCAACAUGUGUUUACCCUCCAGGUGGGGUUUGCAUGCACGCCGAUGCACCACCAGCCGUUCCCCGCUCUACAGCACUAG